UUGUAGCGACUGCAAAAUAUAAAACAGCAUAUACCUAACACAACACGACAGCGCAGCAUAUACAACAGUACGAAUAUAUUGGCAGAGGAGGGACCAAGCCGCAAAUACUACUAUCACACGUCAAUUUAAUCAACAAAAGUUCCUUUAAAAAAUUAAUAAAAUAAUGUAAAAACAAGUAUUUAAUUUACUUACAAAUGUAUGUAUGCUGCUGCAAUGGUGCAUGAAGUUGAAGUGAAGAAAAGUACUUAUUUCAUAAAAACCAAAAAAAAUUCUGCACAGUUCAUUCGCUUUGACGUAAACAUCUAAAAAGGCGAUGACGACUAUCAUAAUGAUGAGCUGCUGAAUCUGUAGUUGAAAGCCAUGAAUUAAAUCUUUAACAAAAUAUAAUUGUUAAUUUUACGCAGUUUGCUGUAAUAAAAUAUUGAAUACAAGCAAAAGCAUCAACCAGCCACUCCAUUAACCCAAACAACCAACGCCUCUACAUACCUUCCCCUAAAAAAAUAAAACAGAAAAGUGAAAAGUGCGCAAAAUAUAAUAGAAUGAAAUGUAUUUAGAUACGCAAUAGGAAAAUUUCACCGGGUGCUUGCGGCUGAUAAUGAUGUAUUGAUGAACUGUGACUGUCUCCAACAAGAAGGAAUGUAAAAACUUGCUUUUGUUUUUUUUUUUUUGAAAACAAAAUAACAAGUUCAAUCCCAAUUGUUUGGCUCAAAUUCAAUUCAAUUAGGCGUCGCUUUCAACGAAAAUAACGUCCUUAAUCUGAUGAUAUAAAACAUUCGGAAUCUUCAGUCGCAGGUCAGUCAGAGAACACAUACUACACAAUUUAUACUGGAUUUGAUUCAUCAAAAUAAACAAACGUGUUGGGGGAUCGUCAUCAAUGUAUAAGAUGGUGGUGGUUUAUUAAUAAAAUUCCAUGUCAUCGCUCACAAUACCCACCCAGCAAAAUACAUACACACAUUUAUACGUACGUAAAAUAUUUUCCGUUUCCGUAUAAUUUCGCAAAUUGCGAUAAAAGCUACAGCACUCUUGCAUGCUGUAUGCCGAGAGUUUAGUAAACGUAUGUAUGACCGACCACCUCAACGAAAUAAUUUAAAAAUAUAUUUGAACUCUUGCCAAAAUCUAGCUUGACAUUGCUUCGAGAAUUCCACAAGAAUCUAGAGCACAUUCUAACCGUAAUUUCAGUAAAAAAUGUUUUAAUUCUUGCCACUGUAAAAAGACAGGGAUAGUAGAAUAAAAUAAAUCUGCACAAUUUGUACAAAGUAAAUUUAAUAUGGUGGAGAAAAUAUUAGGUGAAUCAAAAGAAAACAAUAAAUGGCAAAUUGUAUCAUAUGGAAAAUCGAAACAAUUACCGAAGACAAUUGCGAAUGCAAAUAGCAGCAGACCAAGAAAGCACGAACCGAUUAAAACGUCAUCGCCCAAUGCCGCAGCAAUACAAGCUACAAGAUCAGCAAUUGUAUUACAAAAUAAUCAAAACCGCCAAAGAGGUGAAGCAAAAGUGAAUUGUGAGAAAGUCGUACAUUUACCGUUACAUAGACACGAGAGCCAAUCACACCAUCAACCAUUCACAUACCAAUCAUUGCAAAAAGAUCUCAAAAAAUCUUUUAAAUCUGUACAACCACAGUCGCAACCGCAUCCACAACAACUACAGCAACAUCGCAAGCGGUCAAAAUUACAACAACAAAUAAAGCGAGCGCAUCGUCAUCUGUUAACAAGCUGUGGGAUUGACAAGCAACAAACCCCAAAGUCUGGCAAUUCCAACGCACUUAUACCGACUACUCACUCGGUAUCGAGAAACACAGCACAGUGCUGUCAAACGAGCAGGAACAGCUGUCAUCUGUCACUGAAGAAGGGAACGGGAACACACAAAUUGAAGAACAGCAAAAAUACAAAAGAAAUUCAUAGCAAUAACAAAAAUAAUAAUAAACUUCCUAGAAAUAGUAAUAGCCAGCAACAAUUGAAGGGUAAAGCGUCAAAAAGUUCAAAACAAAAGAAAUUAAAGAGUUUUGUCAGCGAUCAAGACUCUAUAAUAUCUUCGCGUUGGUGUUCCAUAGAAGAGCAACUGGAUUUGUUGGAUAAGUUGCUCUAUUACUGUGAUGAAGAAGAGAAUGCUGCCUUGAGAGCUUGGUACAAUUCCAUAGACAAGGAAUUUCUGUUCGAUAGUGAUUCUAGCGAAGACAAGCAACGAGACGACGAGGGAAACCAAGAGGGUAUAAGUGAUUCUGAUUGGAGCUGGAGUGACAUGAUGUCCUCCUCCUCUUUGACCUCAACAACAACUGCUGCUCCCAGCGAAGAUGAUGCACGGUCAACAGUCAGUAAUAACAAUAGCAUGUCUUCGUCAUGUUCUUCAUCGCUGACACCGUCCUCGCUGAAGCGACGAGGUCACCAACACCAUCCCCGAUUUUCGGGCACAAGAAGGCCCAAUGUCCCACCCAAUGUACAGGAAAUUUUGGCUGCUCUUUACAAAAACAGUGAGACCGAAAGUGCAUCACAACUGCCAACACUAGCCGACGGCGAGGUACCAUUUGAUGAUAGUUUAGUCAACUAUCCAGAUGAGCCAGAAGAUGAUCCGGAGAUGGCCCAACGCAUAAAAGCAUCACUAAACUUGCCUCUUACCGAUUCAGUCACAACAUCCAUGGGCAGUAAUAGUCCCACGCCCACCGAUGACAGUAGUAUGUUGGAUGAAGGUAUGGUCCAAACAUCUACCUCAGCGUCGUCUUCCGCAAUACAGCCUUUAAAGGAGAAAAAAUCCAGAACAAAACGAGAUAAAGCGGAGAAAGGUUCAGGCGAUGCCAGCAAAGAGAAGAAAUCAAAAAGAUACAAAAAGGAUAAAACAAAACGUGCCUCUGCUUGCCUAGACUCAAUGGGCGAUGUAACCGCUGCAACUUCAAUUAGUGAUGUAGCAUCUGCAGCUACCGACGAGGGUAUAGCUAUUGACGACGAUGAUCUCCAAUCAGCCGAAUGGGCGAAUCUGAGAUGCACAAGUGAGGCAGCCGAAAUUGUUGCCGAACGGGAAGCCAGAAGAAACAAAAAUCGUUGUGCCGACUAUCCUGGACUUGCAUUCGGACGUUCUAUAUUCAGCUCUGAUACUAUGAUGAAGUUUAAUAUUAUCAGGAAUGAGUUGCAUAACAUCAUGAAUACACAGUUAAAAAGGGCUGAAUCUGAAGUUGCUGCUUUGAACCGUCGCAUCCAAUUGCUCGAAGAAGACUUGGAACGUUCCGAAGAACGUUUGGGCUCCGCCACAGCUAAGCUCUCUGAGGCUUCCCAAGCUGCUGAUGAAAGUGAACGUGCUCGUAAGAUCCUUGAGAAUCGCGCCCUUGCCGAUGAAGAACGCAUGGACGCUCUUGAGAAUCAAUUGAAGGAAGCUCGUUUCCUUGCUGAGGAGGCUGACAAGAAAUACGAUGAGGUUGCCCGUAAAUUGGCCAUGGUUGAAGCUGAUUUGGAGCGUGCUGAAGAACGUGCCGAACAAGGAGAAAACAAAAUUGUUGAACUUGAAGAAGAACUCCGCGUCGUUGGUAAUAACUUGAAAUCCCUUGAAGUAUCCGAAGAAAAGGCCACACACAAAGAAGAAACUUUAGAAACACAACUCAGACUUUUGGAUCAUCAAUUAAAAGAGGCUGAAGCUCGCGCUGAAUUCGCCGAACGUUCCGUUCAAAAGUUGCAAAAGGAAGUCGACAGGCUCGAAGAUGACUUGAUGAACGAACGGGGAAAAAAUAAACUGCUACAAGAAGAAAUGGAGGCCACCCUGCAUGACAUUCAGAAUAUGUAAAACAUCAAAAACUAUAAUUUUUAAAUAUUCAUUACAACAGACAAACAAAAACAGCAAAAACACUACCAUACUAGCCUAAGGAUUUAUUUGAUUCGUAGGCGUGUUGCGAGCAAUUGAAACAAAAGAAAGGAAAACAAAUAAAACCGAAAUCAAAUAAGUCCACUAUGUACGAAAGAGCGGGCAUGUGUCCCCCUUCCAGCCAAUGAGCAGCGUAAUUUAAGGAGAACAUAAUUAGUUCGAUCGAUGAAAAAAACUGAAGAAAAUGUUGUUCUUUGCAUCGCAUAACUCAAACGACUUAGACUUGCAAUUUACACACAUUUAACUUAUUUGGCGUUCCACCACACAUUCUCUUUUUAAAAAAGAAAUAAGACCUCCCCUAACAUUCCUUUCAUACUCUUAUAAUAACUGUAUAAUUUUAAGACAGAAAGACGUAGAAAACAUUCCAGAUCCCUAAACUCCCUUCCAUCCCCGCCCUAACUUUCUCUAUAUUUGCCAGUAAAAUAACACGUUUUAUCUGGGAUAACCUUUCAAUUUUUGAAAGUUCUCCCCUGCGCUCCUACUUUCUGAUUUCAUUUCGCCUAAAAUUGUAUGUAUUUUCUGUAUUAAUAAUUUUAAUGUUGUAAAAACCACUACGUUUUUUAUAUUCGAUUGUGUAAUAUUUUAAGUUUUUUUCCAUUAUUAAAAAACAAAAACAAAAUCAAAAUUUUUCUACAAAAUUCUUUGAAAAGCUCCAAUUGAGAGAAUUAUAAUAAUUGUUUAACUAUGCCGAACUUAGCAAGCAUUCCUAUUAAGAGAAUUAUUCUCAAAUGAGAAGAGAAAAACCAACAAACACACACCCAUAUCCGCACACACAGACACGUAGACACACAAAUCACAUUGGUUUAUAAUAGUUAAACACACCACACAAAAUUGUCUAUAUACAUGCGUAUAAUAUUUUCUUCUUUAUUAAUGUAUUUCUUUUUAAAAUAUGAUUCUGAAGAAUGAAAAUAGAAAUUAUUUUGCCCAACUUCAUAAAAACAAUACGACAAUAUAUAGUGUAUUUCCAUUAUUUACAAAUCAUUUUUUAAUUAUUUAUAUUAUUUACUACUAUUAUUACAAAAAAAUAAUAAUAAUAAUAAUAAUAAUAAAACAUUAAAAACAAACAAAUUCCGCUGCAAAUUGCACAAACGGCGUACAACGUGUUUGUUUCCCAAACUA